AUGGCUCACACCAGGCCACACGGGUCGUCUUCACCCCAACCACCGCCCGCCCACGUCCCCCUGCCGACAGACAGGUCCCCAGCUUUUAUUCAGUCACUCCUACGAGCUGCCUCCGAGAGUGCCUCUUCGCAUGGUGGCGCACCAACACCAACUUACAUCCAACACCAGCUCAUUGUGGAAUCCAGUCAACCGUAUCACCCUCCACCCACCACCGGCGCCACCAUUGUAGCUUCUGUAAAGGCAACAGGACCUGCACCUAGGAGGUCGUCCAAUGCCUCGUUAACGGGGACACCACUGAGGAUCAAGGAUAACAACAACCAGCCCCUGCCCCACCUGCCAGUCAUCCGUCUCGUCGACCAGGAGACGCCGUCAAUUACAACACCUGUCCAAGGGGCAGGAGGAGGAGCAGCAAUGGUGUCAGGAGGCAUUAUUGCACCACACGACAAUUCCAUCAACAGCAAUGGUUAUACCAACAACCCCCCUCUUCCGCCUCGAAUCCAGGCGCCGUCUUCCUCCUCGUCCUCAUCCACGUCCUCUUUAUCGGACAAACCCUUGCCACCUAUGCCCAUCGUCGAGACAUCUGCUCCCUCUUCUUCUUCCUCCUCGGUGACAUUGAACAACAUCAACAACCCCGCAUCUACUCUCCCUUAUCCUCAGCAGCAUCAUAUUGCAGGAGCAUCACCUUUGGCCUCAGAUACGAUAAGCUUUGCUCAAGGAGAGCAAUAUCUCGCCGGCAAUAAUGGCAAUACCAGUGGCAACGCCAACAAUACCACUAACUCAAGGCAGUCGCUCGAUCACGCGCCUCCGCCCUACUCCUUCAUGGCCGGUAACCGUGGCUCGACCAUCAUCUCGACCGGGCCCCCUCUACCAACCGAAGACCAACUCUUUCAAAUCCAAGAACUCAGCCCUGGACCUCUUGCUGUGUCUCCUUUAGGAACGGGCUCUUCAACGAUUUCGGCCAUCACAGCCCUUCAUCAAUCGACGCAGUACAUAUGCGCCAAUCCUAUGCACGAUCAACAGUACCUUUUGAUCGGAUCUGGAAACGCCUUACACUCUAUCGACCUUACGUUUUCGAAUCACCUGCAACAGGAAAGGCAGCAGGGAGGCGUUAGCAGUAACAACAGCAUCAACUACACCGGAGGAGGAGGAGUGAGCUCGGUGGCCAACGUUGUCAGGACACACAUCCAAGGAGUGGCAUUUAAGGAGAUUCAUUGUUUGGAGGAAAUUGGGUUAGUGGUUGUGAUUGCCGGUCGGAACUCGAGAGUGCGGUGCUACGACUAUGACUCGAUCAACCGGCUAGUCGCCUAUGGUCAUUCUGCCCAGGGUCGCGGACGGGUCGUUGAGGGCGGCAAAUUGGGGGCGGUCAAGAAUAUGAUCCAGUUGAGAGUCGAGACAGCCCUCCAGAGAGGAGAAGAUAGCAACUAUAAUCCCUCGGACGGACCUCACUCCAGCCCACCUUCUGGAAUGACGGGGACCUCUCUCAACCGAGGCCACAGAGGAACAGCAGGAUCGACAACAGCGCCUGGAGCAGCACUGCCACAGCAACAAAAUCGCCACCAGCAUACCACGAGUUUAGACCGGUCGUCGUUACUCUCGCCGCCCCCUGUAUGGUCGGACAGCAGCCCGGGCCAGCCUCUGGAAUCGAUUCGAGAUGAUCAAGGCGCAACUACAACAUCUUGUGGGACCACUUCGCCUCCUCCCCCUCCCGCCACUGUCUCAAGCAACUUUAAGAAGCAUAAACAACGGCCCUUGAGUCUUGGGGGUCUAGCCUCGCUCGCCCAGGAGCAUGUCAUGCGGAAGUCGACCCCCAAGGACCACCAACCAACUGACGCUGCUUACAACAGCAACGGUAAUAACAAGAAUACCUCGAAUUCAACACCUCCUUCUCCCAGUUCUGCGACACCUGGAGUCACCAUCGGUGGAGGAAACGGUUCCAACAACAACAACAACAACAACAACAACAACAACAACAACAACAACAACAACAACAGCAACAGCAAUAAUGGGGCGACUCCGACAAAGAACAAGCGGCUUUCACAGAUGGCUUCCUACCUCAGUCAGGCGGCCGUCAACUCCAACAUGGCGGCGCAUAUCACCAACAGUACCUCCCAGGAUGCGUCCCCGGAGGCUGUGGGUUGGGCAUGGAAUUUCACGAAACUCAAGCAGACCAAGGAUGUUAUCGGCCUAGAUUUCCAUUACACCGCCACGACUGUCUUCAUGACCGUCGUCUCCAAGACGGCGAUCGAUAUCUAUUGUCGACCUCGGUCUACUCGUGGACGAAAACCUCCUACUCCUUCAGGUGGUGGCAGUGGCGGCGGCGCUGGUGGGAACAACAAUAGCAACGGCAAUGGAUCGAGGAUGAGUUAUUCUGGAGCGGAUACCCUUGGUCGGUCGAGCAUCAAUUCUUUUGGCGGUGGCAUGGCGACGGCGGGAGCAACAUCCCUCGAGAACCCACACUUCCAUCGGGAUAACAGCCAGGACCCUUACGAAUGGAGAUCCUACAAGCAACUCUACCACCCGGAGGCACCCAGUUUCAUGACCGUCGUCAAAGGCCCCACCGAAGUAACCGACAUCAUCCUCGGCAAGGGUCCCCGAGCCUGUGUGAUCAAUGUCCAGGACAUGUCCGUGACGGAUCUGCAUCGACAGGAAACUAGCAGCGUGAUCCAUGGGUUGAGCAAGAAGUUGGGGUUCAGGAACACGUCACUUUGGCAUUCGUUUGAGAAGAUCCCGUUUGAUGUGCCACCUCAUAUCUUGUUCCCUGCUGCUGCUGAGGCAAUGUAUGGGUCUUCGGAGAGGAAGGGGACACAUUCGAGACCGCUUUCUGUGUAUAAUGGUGGGACGGGUAGUAGCGGCUAUCCGGCGUCUGGAGGCGGAGGUAGUGGUAGUGGUCCUCAGAGACAGUCGAGGGACAAUAUUCUGCAGCGGUCUGCGGAUCAACUGUCGAUUCAUCAGCAGGAGUUGAAUGAGCAAGAGAGGGAGGAGGCGGCGCGUGGUUUAGCGUUGAAGUUGCAGGGUGUGCAAUUGCAAGGUGCAAAUGGCAAUAACAACAACCUGGGCGUCCCUUACCAUCCGACCCACCACCGCGGAUCCUCGUCGUCGUUGUCUCCACCUUCGUCGCCUUCGUCGACCAAUUCUUCUUCUUCCAUCGUACUCCCCUCCCAACAACUGCCAACGACCACUCCAGCACCACCGGCGGCAGCGAUAAAAACAAAGACCCGAAUGGUGACAUCGGACGAAGUCCUAAACCUCGCCUUCUCCCAACGCACCACUGGACAACUCUUCUUAGCCACCUACGGGUCCCAAUCCCGAAUCGUCGACCUCCAAGGCAAACCACAAGCUCGCAUAGUCCUAGACUGGGGCGAAUCAGGUCCCAGCUCUGGGUCUGGUUCGUCCGUCGGAUACCCGCCACAAAAGGUUGAGUUCCUGAAGACAGCCCAUGACAUCUAUGUGGUUGGGUUUGAGAAAUCUUCAAUUGUGAUCUUUUCGUUAACGAGGGCCAAGAAGGUCAAGGAGAUCACCAAGCGGGACCUCAUUCAGGCCACGGCCCGCGCCCAAUCCUCAGCUUCAUCCAUAUCUGUCCCCGGCAGCAAUGGUCAAGGCCAGCAACGAUUUCUGUACGAUGGCAGCACACAACCCCACCAAUACCGCUCACACUCUCCACAACCCCCACCUCAUUCAACAUCCCAAACACCAACCUCCAGUCCCCCCUCGGGCCCAACCAACACCAGCGCCUCCUCAUCCCUCACAGCAACAGCCCUGGCCCUCACCAACGCCACAUCCACCAUGUCUUCGAGUUCAUCAGCAUCAAUCAAGUUCCUGGGCCGCGACUCGAUGGCAGAAGACUCGCUCGGUCUGUUCUUUAGUUACUGCCAUCCCAAGAACGGCGUCUCCAUUUGUCAACUCUCUGUCGUCCCGCUUCUUGCGCCCGAUGAACUUGAGCUCAUCGGGUACUACCCCUAA